GCAUGGCCGGUGGUGCAUCCGAAACUGCACGUGUCUGCCUUGGUGCCUUGUGUCUACGUUCCGUCGUGCGUGCGUGCUUUUGUUUUGACAUAGGAUGAGACGCAUUGCAAUGCAGGCUCAAAGGUCGAGUUGAGACGUAUACAGGUUAUAGUGACAUUUAUUAUCAUGUCUGAAAUCGUUGAUUCAUCAUGGGCGUCGUUGAAGAUACACGAUGAGGUCCGAAAGGCAGUUCAAGAUCUUCAAUUCGAAAAAAUGACGCCUGUUCAGGUGACUACAAUACCACUUUUCUUGUCAAAUAAGGAUGUUGCUGUGGAAGCAGUAACAGGCAGUGGGAAAACACUGGCCUUUUUAAUACCCCUGUUGGAGAUUCUGCUUAAGAGAGAUGAACCACUCACAAAAUAUGCGGUUGGCGCUAUCAUUAUCUCCCCCACAAGAGAGCUUGCUACACAAAUUUACCAUGUCCUCGAGCACUUCCUUCAGUUUUUGCCACAGUUUACAGGGCAGCUUCUCACAGGAGGCUAUAAUCCCAUAAAUGACGUGAGGACUUUCAAGGAAAAAGGAGCUAAUAUCAUCGUGGCGACACCAGGGCGUAUGGUGGACAUGUUGGAACGGAAAGAUGAAAGCUUCAGCUUUGCGGCUUGUAUAAAACCUCUGGAAGUGCUCGUGUUGGAUGAAGCAGACCGUCUGUUGGACAUGGGAUUUGAAAAAAGCAUCAACACUAUCCUGUCAUUCUUACCCAAACAGAGAAGAACAGGCUUGUUCUCAGCUACCCAAACAAAGGAAGUAGAAGAUCUCAUUCGUGCUGGGCUUCGAAACCCUGUCAGUGUUACAGUGAAGGAAAAACCCACCGAUUGUGGCCAUACACAACGCACUCCUGCAUUGCUGAAGAAUUUUUACAUUCUUUGUGAGGCAGACCAAAAGCUCAGCACUUUAGUGGCCUUUCUGAAAAGCCAUUCAGGUGGAAAGCACAUGGUCUUCUUCAGUACAUGUGCCUGUGUUGAGUAUUUUUCUGCCAUUCUUGCACAGCUACUGAAAAACAUGACUAUUAUCAACAUUCAUGGCAAGAUGAAAAAGAAAAGACAAAAGGUAUUCAACAGAUUCAUGAAAAUGGACAAAGGUGUGCUUGUCUGCACAGAUGUUAUGGCAAGAGGAGUUGACAUUCCAGAUGUCCAGUGGGUUGUCCAGUAUGAUGCUCCAAAAUCAUCCAGCUCAUUCAUUCAUCGCUGUGGAAGGACCGCAAGAAUGGGCAAUGACGGCAAUGCAGUGCUGCUGCUGAUGCCCAGUGAGGACGCCUACAUCAAGUUCCUGGAGCUGAAUCAGAAAGUUACACUGGAAAAGAUGGAUCCUCCACCAAUGAUAAACGAGGUCACAUCAAGAGUGAAAAAAAUGGCAACGAAAGACAGGGCAAUUUACGAAAAGGGAAUACGUGCCUUCGUUUCGUAUAUUCAGGCAUACAGCAAGCAUGAAUGUUAUCUUCUAUUCAGGAUAAAAGACCUUGACUUCGCUAAAAUAGCGGAAGGCUUUGCUCUGCUGAAAAUGCCAUACAUGCCCGAGCUCAGAGGAAAGAAGAUUGAAGGCUUUGAAGCUUGCAGUAUUGAUGUAAAGUCGAUUCCCUACAAAGAAAAAUCAAGAGAAAAACAGAGGCAAGCAAAUUUGAAGAAUGCACAGGAAGGUACCAGUGCUAAUACCGAAGAUCUCAAGGUGAUUACAAAGAAGGGCUCAUUUGUAAAAAGCAGACAAAAGCAGAGACAAGGCAAGAAGCGAAAGACGAAAGAAGACUAUGAGAAUGAAGAGUGGGAUGACUUGGCUUCAGAUGCAAGGUUGUUAAAAAAGCUCAAGCAGAAUAAGAUCUCAAAAGAAGAGUUUGAUGAAGCAUUUCUAAUCUAGGCAAAUCCAUCCUUGAGCCACUUAGCACAGUCUGUGUGCUGCAACAAGAUAUGAGCACUUUCACAUCGUUUUGUGUGCGAAAUAAAUGCAAGAAUGAC